UUUGUGGCUGUUUAUAAGAGUCAAUUUUUGACACAGCAUUAUUACUGGCAAUCAUGUUCACCAUGGAGAAAUUGUUCUACACAGCCUUGGUCUGUGGAUUCGUGAUCUGCUCAGCUCUACCAAACGGCAAAAGGAGUUUCAGCGAUCUUGUGGAAAUGGAAGCCGGCAGUGAGGAGAUGAAUAGUUAUUCAUCUUUAAUUAAUGGGGAGUCACUUCAUAACGAGCAUGGAGACACGAAGUUGUCACGAGUAGCUCGCUGGACCGAACAAAACAACAUUGAGUGCUGCAAUCGGGACAAACAAAAACUUUCGAACAAGGACGGCGAAAUCAUGGCGCAGUGCCUUAUAGAAACGAAAAGCAAAAAUUCAUCGCAAGAGUACAGUCUGAAACAAAUAGUCUGUCUCGUGGACUGCGCUGUCAAGAAAUCUGAUUUGGUUGACGGAGAUGGUAACUUGGAUGCAGAAAAAGUGAUACCUUACGUUAAAGCUAGAGAAGGUUACGGUCAACUAUUUGCAAAUAAAGAUGAUCUUAUAAAAAGAUGCGUUGAUUUUGCUAACAGCUUUUCCAAAGAACGAGGAGAAGUCAACUUUGAAGACCAGAAAUGUAACAUAGCUUCUGCUGUUAUUGGUGACUGUAUCAAAUAUAUGGUGGAAAUUAGCUGCCCCGAUGACCGGAAGGUCGCUGGUGAACAAUGCGACAAUGUUCGGAAAAGGAUAUCUGAACUGGUUGAUGUCCUGAAUAUAUAGAAACCAUGAAGACAGAAAAGAUUAAUAAUAAUAACAAUAAAUUUUACAUUCAAACAAUUGUAAUUCAGCAAUAAACAUUUCUUUCAGACAUAGA